AUGUCUGAAGAAUCACAAUCUGCAUUCUCAGCUUCCAACAGCAAAGUUGAGAGAGAGGAAGACUUCAAAGCUUACGCUGAUGAGGAUGGUCAACCCAUGGUUGAGAUUCCCAAAAAACCAGCUUCUGCUUAUACCCUCAUCUUUAUCCUCUGCUUAUUCAUCGCUUUCGGGGGGUUCGUUUUCGGUUGGGAUACUGGUACUAUUUCCGGUUUUGUUGCUGAGGAAGACUUCAUCAAAAGAUUGGGUCAAAGACGUGCCAAUAACACUUACUACCUAUCCAAGGUCAGAACUGGUCUAAUUGUUUCUAUAUUUAACAUUGGUUGUGCUAUUGGCGGUGUCGUCUUAUCCAAGUUUGGAGAUAUGUAUGGACGUAAGAUCGGUUUAAUUAUUGUCAUCGUUGUUUAUAUUGUCGGUAUCGUGAUUCAAAUUGCUACUAUUGACAAGUGGUACCAAUACUUCAUCGGUAGAAUUGUUUCCGGUCUGGGUGUCGGUGGUAUUGCGGUAUUGUCUCCUAUGUUGAUUUCCGAAGUUUCUCCAAAACAUAUGAGAGGUACAUUGGUCUCUUGCUACCAGUUAAUGGUGACUUGCGGUAUCUUCUUGGGUUAUUGUACCAACUACGGUACAAAAAACUACCCCAACUCUGUACAAUGGAGAGUUCCACUAGGUCUAUGUUUUGCUUGGGCUCUAUUCAUGAUAGGUGGUAUGCUGUGUGUUCCAGAAUCUCCACGGUACUUAGUUGAAGUCGGCAAAUUUGAAGAAGCUAGAAGAUCCAUUGCCAUCUCUAACAAACUUACACCAGAAGAUCCGGCAGUCACUUUCGAGUUAGAAAAUGUUCAAGCAGGUGUUGAAGCAGAAAGAUUAGCUGGUUCUGCUUCCUGGGGUGAAUUGUUCUCUACCAAGACGAAGGUCUUACAACGUUUGAUUAUGGGCAUCAUGCUUCAAUGUUUGCAACAAUUGACAGGUGACAACUACUUCUUCUACUAUGGUACUACUGUUUUCAAGGCUGUUGGCUUGGAAGAUUCUUUCCAAACUUCAAUUGUUAUUGGUAUCGUUAACUUUGCAUCCACAUUCGUAGCUUUGUACGUUGUUGACCGCUUCGGUCGUCGUAAAUGUCUCUUGUGGGGAGCCGCUAGCAUGACUGCUUGUAUGGUUGUCUUUGCAUCAGUUGGUGUCACCAGAUUAUAUCCAAACGGUAUGGACCAACCAUCCUCCAAGGGUGCUGGUAACUGUAUGAUUGUUUUCACCUGUUUCUACAUUUUCUGUUUCGCAACAACUUGGGCACCAACUCCAUGGGUCAUCAACUCCGAAACAUUCCCAUUGAGGGUUAAAGCCAAGUGUAUGGCAAUAUGUCAAGCCGCUAACUGGAUCUGGGGUUUCUUAAUUGCCUUCUUCACUCCGUUCAUCACGGGUGCUAUCAAUUUCUACUAUGGUUACGUCUUCAUGGGCUGCCUAUGUUUCUCCUACUUCUACGUUUUCUUUUUUAUUCCAGAAACAAAAGGCUUAACAUUGGAGGAAGUCAACACUAUGUGGGAAGAAGGCGUCUUGCCAUGGAAGUCUCCAGAUUGGAUUCCACCAUCAAAGAGAGACGCCACCUAUGAUGCUGAUGCCAUGAUGCACGAUGAUAAGCCAUGGUACCGGAGAAUGUGGUAA